UAAUAUUAAAAAAAAUAUCCCGCAUCCGGAAAUAAAUUGUCCGUUUUCCGCACAUUUUCGACUCUUACUUUUGGUUUUAUUUUUUAAGUCACGUUUGCGCUUGAAAUUAAGGGCUUUAAAACCGUACGUGUCCACAUCUAAACUACAUUGAAUGUAUCAUAAAUUUACCGCGUGGUUGUCAAAUUGACUGCAUUGCGAGAAUAUUACAGAUUCUUACAAGAAUGCCUGUGCUCGUGGUAAGAAUAAGUGACCAGGAUGGGGCGGAUAUACUUUCAAACACCGCCACGAAUUUUACAGGGGGUACAUUCUCCGAAUUGUUCGAGAAAUGUGUUCAUUCCAAAAACAUCACUUUAUCUACGGAUUCGAUCGUGGAGAUACGACUACGAGAAGACAGACAAGCCCAGUUCAUGCUCGCAGACAAUGCUGAUAUGGAUGUUUCAGAAAUAGCUGCUACACUCGGGUAUGUAUGGACAGGAAACAGGGGAUGAACAUAGACCAAGUGCCCAAGUACGCGAUGAUCCUGCCAGUGUAAAUGAUCGAAUCAACCGGGAGAUAUUCAAGACCCAGAAGGUCCGGGACGUAAUUGUCUGUGGAGAGUGUUCCAAGCCAAGAUGUGUUUACAGUGAUAAAAAGCUAACCCGUGAACAAGAGGAGCUGCUGCUGCGUUUGAAAGAGGAACAUCUGUACACAUGUGGCGACUCAUUAGUUCCAGAAGAUGUAGAAGAUCCAGGCAUGGUUGUUCGAGAGGCAGUGAACUGUUUGACUGAAGUGGAGACAAGUUACUUCUCUACAUCGUUGAAACAUUACUUACCACCAGUGUGUGUUCACUGUGGAAAAGUUGACAAUCUGUUGGAUGACACAGACCCUUAUAUAUCUGCUCUUUAUGAGAAAUAUUCUGUUGUGCGACCUUUGUGUGAAUAUUGUAAAAACACUGGUAAAGAUGCCAGAACUUGGGGGAAAAAGUUUCUCCCCAAGAAGUGUAAAAGAUAGACAAUAAACUUGUGUUUCAGGAUGAUGCAUUUAAACUUUGGGGCAAAAGUGACUUUUUUGCCAAAAAUGACUUUUUUGCAAUAAAAUGUUAUCGCUCGCCUCUA